AUAAAUUGAAAGCAAAACAAAGUAUUGUUACGAUUGGGUUUUAGGUAGACCUAUUCACUGACCGUCAGUAUAUUGAGAACGUAGAAAGAGAGAAGUGAAGAAUGAGUUUAAGAAAGUUUUUAUAGUAGUAUCUAGAAGUUUGUGUGAUUUUGUUAGAUAUUUCCAAUGAGUAGUUGCUUGAAAAUGUUGUUAGAGUUGAAUUUGCUAUUGCUUCUAAUAAGUGCAGUGUUCGCGACGCCUCCAAUAAGUGAAAUAGACGAGAAAGGACUGAAAAGUGACACAGACGAUCAACUUACUAAUUCAAUAGACGAUAAUAAUUUGGAUGACAGAUCCAAAAGGAGUUACGAGUCCGGAGGAUAUCAAUGGGGGAGUCCAAAUCAAGCCGACCCAUUCAACCCAGCUUACUCACCACCCAAUAAUUUCUAUGGAUUUGGACGCAGCGGAAAUGAUUUUCCAGGAGCUUCAAACAAUCCUUUUAAACAGUCACCGUUUGAUCGAGGACAACCAAACAACAAUUAUGGAAAGAGUCCACUCCAAGACGUGAUGGGAAAAGCUUUGGAGACAGUAAUUGUACAAUCAGUACGACAUCUGCUGGAUAUGACACCGAUGGGAAGUGGGCAAGGCGACUUUAUGAGGUCUGCAAGGAGUGCCAGGUCAGUUGAAAAUGUUUUGAAAAAUAUAGACAACAAGCAGGAGAAACUUGGAAAGGAGAAUAUUAUUGAGAAGCUAGGAAGUUUUGUUUAUGAUGGUCUGGAGAAGCGUGCUAAUAGUAGUGAAGAAGAGGAUGAUGAAUCAGUCGAAGAUCCAGACUCAGCCAGACAGCAGCAAAUCCUGCUACACAAUAUUAUAAAGGAGUUGAAGCGUCGUAAGAGAAUGAGACAACAAGCUAACCAGCAAAGUUUAAUGAAAAAUCAGGAGAAAACUGAGAGUCAAAAGAUCAAUCAACUAAGAGAUUCUAAAGAAAGCUGGGAGAAAGGUAUGAACGAUGAACAAAAACUUCAAUUUUUGUCAAACUAUCAAAAGCAGUUAAUGGAUUUGUAUCGCGAAAAACAAAAUAAAUCAAGAGCUGAUAAGAAUUCAGGGAAUAUUCGUGAUGGUUCUAAACAGCCUUCUUCUAGGUAUUCAUCCCCUCAACAAGCAAGGACUAUGAGAGGACUUGGAGAUUAUCCCAUCGACCGUCAAGAAGUAUCUUCGAAAUACUUUGAUCAGAGACAAAAUAAAGCGAAGCCGUUUCUUUCGUCGAAAUAUUCACAAAUUGAGGAAAAUAAUUCGCGGUUUAGGAAAGAAGGUGCUGGACAAGGGCAAGACUUUGGUAGGCAGGAUUUUGAAUUUGAGAAAGCGCCACAGAACUCUAUGAUGAAUAACAUGGGACAAAGUGGUUGGAAUCAACAAACCUGGAACCAAAACAAUCAGUUUGUUCAACGACAGAAUAGAAUAAAGGACAAUAGUAUACAAAAAAUGGGUAGUAGAUCUAUGAUACAGCAAAAUUUGAAUCAGCUAAUGAAACCAGAAGAAAUUCGAAUACAGGAAGGGUGGGGACCACAGAUGAUGCAACCAACACCACAAAAUCAACAGUUCUACAACGAUUUUCCAACACAGAGCAGGAUGAUGUCACCGCAGAUACAAAAACAUUCCAAUGGAAUACCAGGGAAACAAAGAUUUCAAAGGAUAUCAACCAACGAAAUUUGUAAUGAUGGAUUCACCCCUUCAGGCAUCCCUUGUACGAUUGAAACAACUCAAAAUCAGAUAAACGAUGGAACGUCAUUUGUGAAUCCAUCAAGUAACCAAGAGAUGCUUCUCCAGCCGCCUACCCUGAUCAAACGGUAUGUUACAUACAGUAAUCGUUUUAUACCUCCACCUACAGCAACAGUAGAACCGGUAACUGAUCAGGAAAUGCUAUCUGGACAAGGAACGCCUCAAACUAACUCGAUUGGAAAAAGAUUCUCAGAUGAUGCAGGUGUUUCAUCACAGGAGCAGAGGAGUCAAGGAAAUGAAGGAAUGAUGAACGGUUGGGGUGGUCAGUGAUCAGAUGGCACAUGGAAAGCAGAGGUACUGGAAAAUUACAAUUAGAGAAUAAUAUUCGAAGUACAGUAGUAAGUAGUAGGAGUAACAACGAAGUCAGCAUUGAUUCCUCAUCAGUCUAUAAACUGUUGAGUACAGGAGAGGACAGACGAAGUGGUUCAAAAGUCCACACUGAGCAGAAAGAGUGAAGUGAUAAUAAGUUAUCAGGAAAGGUGGCCGGAACAACUUUACUGUGAGUGAGUUAUAAAUGAACAUUGAUCAUGAUGUAAAUAAUUCAGAUUAAAUUUAGUUGAAUAUAGUAUUAAGAUUUUUAUGUAUUUGAAAAAUAUUUAUAUUGAAUAAAAAUUGUUAUAAAAUUGUUUUGGAA